AAACAGCUUUCCUUGACCUGUCACUGUCGACCUCAGUUCCCAAGCUAACCCACUCCUUGCGAAGUUUUUAUUUUUAUUUUUCUGAAACGCCGCUCCUAGUCCUAGCUGUUCAUGAUCCGAGGAGGGAUGGUGUGGCAGUGAAGCUUACAAAGUAGUGAAUACAUUUUUCAGGCAGUCUUUCCUCAGUCUAGCCUAACUGCCCAACCAAACGGUUGUUGUUGAAUGGUGGAGCGAGUGUGUACUCGUGCACUAUAAUGGAUGUCGUGACCUUUGCGUUCCUUGCCGUUCUCAUAUGCAUUGCUGUGGACAAGUUGAGAGCGCGGUGGAAGUCGACUGGCCACUCGCCGCCCCCGCCACCGGUGCAGAAAGGCUUCAGCCACAUCUGGGGUCAUCUUGGUGAGCUGGCAGCGAUAGCGAAAAACCCAGAACGGGAUUUGUAUGACGGACUCGAGCACUUCGUGCGAACGUCCCGUUCGCAGCCGGUCGUGUCGCUGUAUUGUGGUCCACCGGCCCUUGUUCGACCUAUCGUGUUCGUGCUGGACCCUAAGGUUGCACGCCGGCUGUCCUUUGAGGGCGGCGACUUCCAGGGCAUCGUCCGUGGCCUGACCUUGAUCGCGGGGCAGCCCGUCAUCUCCUCAGGACAUAUGCUAGCGGACGCGGAGCGCACUCGCCGUAAAAAGAUCAUGGCGUUGGCGCUGUUCCGGCCCCACCACCUGCGGCGUACUGUCGGGCUGGCAGGCAAGCACAUGAGCAGACUGCUGCUGGCGGGCUGGUUUGACGAGAACGACGGAGUGUUUGAUGUCUCGCGCAAGAACUUCCAGCGGCUAGUGCACAGCAUUCUCCUGGACGCGUUCAUUAGCGUGGACAGCGCUGAUCAAGACCCGGCAGACAUGGACAAAUACCUGAGCGACAUGCACACGUGGGCUAUCAUCCUCAAGGACAUGAUCUACUUCCCGGCCGAUCUCAGUCUCUACCCGUACGUACGGCCAUCCAACUACAAGCGUGUGCAGCAAGCGUACGGUUCGCUGAGCCGCUCUUGGGUGGAGCCCGUGAUCAAGGAGCGACAGCGACUGACCGCCGAGGGCGAGGAGCUUCCCGACGAUGCGCUAUCCAGCAUGCUGGCCGGCGAGCAAGAGGACGGAUUAGCGGCGGCGGAGAAUGACGACCCCAAGGCCACUCUGAACAGCAAUGUGGCCUGUGCGGAAAUGACGACAAUCCUAUUCGCCAGCGACACCAUGAGCAGCACCAUGGUCUGGCUUAUGCUGCAUCUCGCCGACAAUCCUGCUGCUCAGCAGAAGUGCUACGAAGAGGUUGUCUCGGUGAUUGGGAAAGAGCCGCAGGGUGAUCGACCGAACUUAGAUGAUAUCUCGGAGCUCAACUAUCUGUUUGCAUUCAUCAAGGAAUCACAGCGCUUCCAGCCAAUCGCCCAUGCCCUGAUGAGAGAAGCUAAAGAAGACUACAUUGUUGGAGACUACACCAUACCCAAAGGAGCGUGGCUCAUGAUUCCCACGCAGAGCCAGGCGCUGUCGGAUGCGAACUUCCCGGAGAGCGACGCCUUUCGGCCCGAGCGAUGGCUGGACGACACGCUGGCUGGCGGGGCACGGCAGGCCGGCCAGGCGCUAUCAUACGCGCCGUUCGGCCUGGGCACACACCAGUGCUUCGGUCGCACGCUGGCCAGAACGAUGCUGCGCAGCCUGCUGGCGCUCCUCCUGCAGACGUACCGCGUGGAGAGAGUCUCCGACCCGAAGGACGCCACGCCCGUCAGCCCCGGCCUGAUGUACUUCCCGAAGAAGAUGGCCGUACGGUGUGUGCGGCGGGAAGUUGGCUGAACCAUGAUCGGUAGUACACGUGAAGACUUGGAGGUGAUGAUCACACUCUCGUCUUAGAAUAUCACAGACCCGGUGGUUGGUCAGGCCAUGGCCGGGCCAACUUUUUACCCACCAACACUUGUUUAAUGCUGAGGACGAUGCCUGAACGAUGAUCAGUGCAGUCCACUCGUGAUGAGUCACGCACUCGUCAUAAGCUGCGCAUUGUUGUCUCCAAGAUUGGAUGCACGGCUUAUCAAGAGUAGACUGUAGUACACCGGAAGACUUGAAGGUGAUGAUCGCAGUCUUGUCUUGGAAUGUUAUACUAUUGUCUCUUCGUCAUUGUACGAGUACUAGUGCUUCGUCAACCUUUCAUAACUUUAUCCUGUACCAUACAAAAGACCCAGUGGGAGUAAAUCUAUUCUGUCUCCAAUCUGCUACAGUUUGGUAUCUGUGUUAUGAUCAAGUAGGUAGCUCUACUACUCGAAAAUUGCUCAGUUGCGGGAUGAUCCUGAUCAAUGUAAAGCUGGGAGUCGCAACACAGCUUCCUCUCUCUUUCUCGCUCUGUCUCUCUUUCACUCUCUCUCUGUCUCUCUCUGUCUCUGUCUGUCUCUCUCUGUCUGUCUGUCUCUCUCUCUCUCUCUCUCUGUCUGUCUCUCUCUCUCUCUCUCUCUCUCUCUCUCUCUCUCUCUCUCUCUCUCUCUCUCUCUCUCUCUCUCUCUCUCUCUCUCUGUGUCUGUGUGUGUGUGUGUGUGUGUGUCUCUCUCUCUCUCUCUCUCUCUCUCUCUCUCUCUCUCUCUCUCUCUCUCUCUCUCUCUCUCUCUCUCUCUCUCUCUCUCACACACACCUACACACACACACACACACACACACACACACACACACACACACACACACACACACACACACCACUAUUUUGUACUAUAUUUACUACUGUUAAUUUAUCACACGUAGCCACGUAGGGAGCAACACACAAUUCCCCUAGUAUCGCCAAAGUCGCACCAACCUCUUCUUCACAUAAUUUAUUACACGUGUUUUCAAUUGGUCAAUGCUAUAUUUUUAGUUGUUACUCACUCAAAGUUUGACAGCUAUUUGGCCAAUAUUCAAACACGAUGAUUCAGUGAUAUCUUUUCAAAGAUAGGCUGAAUGGCAAUAGCACUCGGCAAACUUAUGUCAUUUUGCACUGCCCUCGAGUUAUCGAGGAGUUUUGCAAGUAUGUUUAGCAACUUAGUUUGCCAAUCAACAGUCAAUAUUCUGAUAACGGCAAUCAAUAAAAAUUAAAACGAGCUGAACCGACAUUUGUGUACUUUAUUCAUGCAAUUUUUUCUCUACACAAAUUUUCUUCGUAUUUUCAUCGUUUUAUUGCACAUCGUCUCCACCGUUUUUACAUUGCAUGAAUAAAGUACACAAAUGUCGGUUCAGCUCAUUUUGUUGAUUGCAGUUAUCAAAAAUGUCUCCUCGCCGUUUGUUUAAGUCAAUAUUCUCUUCAGCCUUUUCCGGUUUGCAUAAUUCCCUCGACCCUGUGAAUAACUUUAAUGUGAUAGUCAGUACUUUUAGUUAUAA